AGUACAGAGAAAGUUUAGGCUCCCAUGAAACUGUUCAGUGAUCACAGUCCCAUAGCAUACACGUUUUGCCUAUUGAAAUAUUACUUUCUUGUUGAAACCGAACAUAUGUCCAUUUCAUAUUUUUUUUUAUAAUCGAAAGAAUAUGUGCAUGUUGUGCAAUAUAGAUGUAAUCUUGUCAUAUUAUAGCUUCUCCCAUGCUGCUAUGACGAAGGACAUUCCCCUCAGUAGACAGUGUUGUAUGUAAAGUACAUAAAGUGUUGCCCAUUGCUCUCAAGACAGAGGUGGGAAUGGGGGACGCCUACAUAAUUUACCCCUUUUUUCCACCACACCUCUUUGUUUACACCUUUACUCAGUUGCUGCAAGGCAGACAGGGGUGCCGAUGUUUUCAGGCCCAUUGUUCUUUUUGUUUUUAAAGAAAGAAUAAUGCUUUUAUCCUCCUUUAGUUUUUUUAUACUACUUGGAUUUUCUAAUGCUGGCAGUGAGUCUGCAACUCAACAUGGACCACAAUCACUGGGUUUGGCGUCUUCAGUCCGCUCUGUGUGCAGACCCAUCCCGAGCACCCUGGCUCUUUGUCACGGGAUCGGCUACAGACAAAUGCGCAUACCUAACCUUCUCGGCCAUGAUUCUUUGAGAGAGGCCCAACAACAAUCUGCGGCAUGGAUGCCUCUGAUUUCCAAACUUUGUCACAGAGACACCAAGAAGUUUCUGUGCUCCCUGUUCGCCCCCGUGUGUUUGCCAGAGCUCAGCGCACCAGUAAGCCCGUGUCGGAGCCUCUGUGAGGCCGUACGAGAUGGUUGUGUGCCUGUUAUGAGCGCCUUCGGCUUCCCAUGGCCGGAGAUGUUUAACUGCACACGGUUUCCACGUGGAACCGAGCUGUGUAUCCCAGCCACUGGAGAGGGGGAAACGCGGACAGACGAAGAGCUCAAGAACGAGGAGGCGCUAAAAGGAACUGUUAUCUGUGAUGCCUGUAGCCUUGCUGCAGAAGGAGAAACUGACAUCCAGGACAACUUUUGUCAGAGCCCAUAUGCAUUUAAGAUGCGCCUGGGGAGUGUGUCCACAGUGGGAGGAGACCGCCAGUUGGUGCCUACACCCCGCAGUCGAAUCUUGAGAUGGGCAGGAGGAGGCGCUGAGAAGGCAGAGGGGAUUGGUGGUGCAAUGGCUCACAGUGCUUUGUGGCUGCCUGAAGGGGGCAACUGCAUUUGUCCUGGUUUGGACUCUUCAGAGAUGUCAGGAACAGAACUGGGAGACAAUACAGAUGGAGGGCAGGUCCAUGAAAGUCAAAGUGCUGCGGUUCAGGGGUGGUAUCUUGUUCUGGCUAAAGCAGAAGAGGGGAGGUUGGUGAUAAUCCGCCUGGUGAGGUGGACCAAAGAUGACAAAGAGCUAAAGAAGUUUAUCAGAGCUCUUCUUAAACAGCAAUGUCCAGAGAUGAAUUUGUAACCAUUUUAUUUUAUUUGUGAUUACACAGCAAUUCAGCACCAUUUGUAACUGCAAACAAAGGUGGGCAGGUAAUUGAACUGUGAAUGUUGUUUUAUUUUUAAGAAAUGCUAAAUCUGUAUAUAAACAAAAGUAUAUUGUUUGAAAAGAUGGAAAAAACGCUUACAUUUCAAGUAAGGAUAUACAGCGAUUUCGCAUGUUUUCUCACACUUAAACCUGAACUCAUACAUUUAAAGAUAUGUUUUACACAUUUCUGUUGAAAUGACAUACUAUAGGCUGAAGACUAUUAUUGAGAUAAUUUUAGUCAGUACCGCCCACCUUUAAUUACAGUACUUUAAGUUGUAUAUUUGAUUAUUUGCCCUAAUACCCACAUGAGUACAUGGAGUACUCAUCUCUGUAUUAGGGCAAAUAAUACAUUACUUGUUUUUCUAGUUUGAAAUAUUGAUACUUUGCCUUCAUAUCUUUUAUACCCUACUCUCUAUAUUUUUACAGCAUUACUUUUCAUAAACUAUGAGUCAUUAGUGUUUUAUUGUGUUUUCUAUUGUGACUAAGGAAGAAACUGGACACUUAUUAAACCUCCCAGACAAACACCUGUCUUUGCAUCUAUAUCAUGUGUCUUCCUGCGUCUUACCAGACUUACUCAACCUGUUUAUUCUGAAUAUCAGUCUGUAUAUAUUAUUCAGCUUGCUAAAAAUGUAUACAUGUGUUUUAACUGUAAUUUAAUUGCUAAAAUUAGGCACAUUUAAAUUAUUGC